AUGAGGAUCUUGGAAUUUGUUUUCAUUUCCCUGGUUUUUGACAGCAACAGUUGUUCUAGAAGACGCGAAAGCCACAAAGUUCUAACCACUUGGACAUUUAAAUGGUUGGCUGUUGGAGCUAUAUCAUGGUACGAGGCACAGUUUGUCCAAUCUAUUGUGGAGAAUGUCUCAAAGAAUUUGGAUCCAAAAAUAUUUCAUGUCCCCUUUCAUUUCAUUGGAAGAGAUCCUCUGGUACAAUAUAUCAACUCAUGGUUGCAAGAUGGAUCCCAUGGUGCUGCCAUUGCUUUACUCUAUGGAAUUGGUGGUGUUGGAAAGACAGCCAUAACUAAGAGUGCACCAUUUGUCCAAUCUAUUGUGGAGAAGGUCUUAAAGAAUUUGGAUCAAAAAAUAUUUCAUGUCCCCCUUCAUUUCAUUGGAAGAGAUCCUCUGGUGCAAGAUAUCAACUCAUGGUUGCAAGAUGGAUCCCAUGGUGCUGCCAUUGCUUUACUCUAUGGAAUUGGUGGAGUUGGAAAGACAGCCAUAGCUAAGAUGGUUUUUAACCAGAACUCUCAUAAAUUUGAAGGAAAGAGCUUUCUAUCAAAUUUUCGGUCAAAGGAUAUAGUUUGCCUACAGAGGCAACUUCUUUCCGACAUCCUAAACAAGACUGUUGAUGAGAUAAGUGAUGAAGAUGAAGGAAUUCUGAAGAUUAAGGAUGCAUUAUGUUACAGAAGAACUCUUAUUGUUCUAGAUGAUGUGGACAAAAGGGACCAAUUCAAUAAAAUCGUUGGCAUGCAAAAUUGGCUUUGUAGAGGAAGUAAAAUCAUUGUAACAACCAGAAAUAAGGGUCUGUUUUCGGCUAAUGAUAAUGAGCGGGUCCGGUACAAAGUUGUACCGCUAGAUGAUAAAAAAUCACUUGAGCUUUUCAGUUGGAAUGCCUUUGGACAAGCUGACCCUGUUGAUGGUUUUGUGGAAGACUCUUGGAGAAUACUACAUCAUUGUAAUGGACUUCCAUUAGCUCUUCGAGUUAUUGGCUCUUCAUUGUCCGGAAAAGGAAGAGAAAUAUGGGAAAGCGCAUUACAACAAAUGGAAGUGAUUCCUAAUUUUGAAGUUCAAAAGGUUCUUCGAAUAAGUUAUGACUUUCUUGAUGGUGAUUAUCUGAAGAACUUAUUCCUUGAUAUCGCAUGUUUCUUCAAUGGAAUGGAUGUGGAUGAUGCAGUUAGGAUACUGGAUGGGCUCGAUAAAGGUGCAAGAUUUGGGAUUGACAAUCUUAUCGAUAGAUGUCUUGUUGAAAUCAACAAUGAUAAAAGGUUGUGGAUGCAUAAACUAGUAAGAAAUAUGGGAAAGGAAAUUGCUCGUCAAGAAUCACCUAAAUGUCAAAGAAUAUGGCGCCACAAGGAUGCUUUUACAGUUUUGAAAGGAACUACUGAUGCUGAAAAAUUGCGUGGCCUUACCCUGGAUAUGCAUGCAUUAAUGGAAGAUAAUUAUGCAGAAGUUGUCUGUACUAAUUUAAUGGUUCGCCGCAGGCUUAACUUCUUUCAACAAUGGCUUUCUGAUUUUUCUGAUGGGGGAAGUUUACAAACUAGCCAAACAAGUUUGUUUCUCAUCCUCAGCACGGAUGGUUUUAGAAAGAUGCCAGAUAUAAAAUAUCUCCAGCUAAACUACACUAAUUUUCAUGGAAGUUUUGAGCACUUUCCCAAGAAUUUGAUAUGGUUAUGUUGGCAUGGAUUGUCUUUGAGAUCCAUACCAAAUCACGUAUGCUUGGAGAAGCUUGUGGUUCUUGAUCUAUCCAGAAGCUGUCUAGUUGAUGCUUGGAAGGGCAAACCGUUUCUUCCAAAAUUGAGAAUUCUUGAUCUCCGUCACUCUCGUGAUCUUAUUAGAACCCCAGACUUCUCGGGUCUCCCAGCCCUUGAAAAGCUAAUACUUGAAGACUGCAUCCGUUUGGUUCAAAUUCACGAAUCUAUUGGUGAUUUACAAAGAUUAUUGAUCUUAAAUCUAAGAAAUUGUACAAGUCUUGUGGAGCUUCCAGAAGAAAUGAGUAGAUUGAUAUCACUUCAAGAGCUCGUUUUAGAUGGUUGCUCAAAUCAUGACAGCCUGAAUAUGGAGUUAGAGCAUCAUCAGGGGCGCAGCUUGCUUCAAAGCGAUGGAAUUGUUGCAAACAUUGUUUUGGUGGUACAGAUAAUAUUUAUAGAUGGCACAUUCAACGUUGUCGCAUAUGUAUUUGAUGAAGAUGAGAUGUUAAGGGGGUUUCAUGAGGAGCAAGAAGAGGAUAAAUGGCUAAUUCAGAAUGAGUUUGUAGAUAACUUUUCAUUCAAAAUAUCCUCAUCACCUCCUGCGCACCGGAUAUGUGGCUUUAAUCUGUUCAUAAGUUGGGUGAUGUCAGCAUACCGUUCCUCUCGUAUUGUUUGUAUUGAAAUCAGAAACAAUACCAGUGGUCGAUCCUUGCGUCGUCGAGCCUUUGUCUUCCCUUUUGAGUACGCGUUUGGUGUUCGUGAACUCCAAUCGCUAUUGCACACGAAAUUAGGGGCCGAUGAUCCUACAUUUGAUAAUGGUGAUGACGUGAGUAUUUCAGUGCGUUCACGUGAUAUACAAACAAGGACGAUUGGUAUACGAUGGUUGCAUGAAGAGGAAGGAAAGGAUGAAGUUAUCAAUGCCCACAACAGUAGCGAUGAUGCACACGUACCCCAAGUAGAAAUAGCUUCUCGUUUUUUUAGAAAUUAUUAUUGUGCUUUCCAUGGUAAAAUCGAUGAUGGCCAUAUCGAUUGGUGGUAUUUUGCAAAGAGAGGUCUAGAACUUGCAACAUACCCAAAGUAUUCCAGGUUUAAAUCUUCAAGAAAUUGCUGA